AUGUGGAUAAUACGGAUUCAAUUUUUUCUUCUUCUCUGUUUAAUCAAAUUAUCUCAAGCGUCGAUUUCAACUGUAAAAAUUAACGCUGAUGCUGCUGAAAUCAACAUUCUGAAUCAAGAAUUCAAAUCUAAUUCACCGGCUAUUUUCCGACAAACUCAAUCGCUCGUAUGCGAAAUGAUAAACAAUUGCUGUUCUUCGAUCAAAUCACGGUUAAACGAAUAUGUAACUGAUAGUAUGAAUGAUCCUGGCGUCCUCGUUCAAGCAUGCCUGGGAAGUUAUCCACCUCAAUCGCUUCUUCAUCGUUGUCCAAUACUCUCCAAAUUUGUGACGAUUGUUCAGGAUGAAGAUUUUCAUAAAUAUGCCCAUGUCUUAACAGCAGCUGUUCGUAGAUUGCAGAGUCCUGGUUUCCAUGUAUCACAGCAAACGUGCUCAUCGGACGAGGCUUACGCUUUACUUUGCGACUGGAGUAGACACACUGUAAUCGAAUCAUGUGAACGAAAAACUCUACUAUACGUAACGCAACAUCGAAGUGAUAGUGAUUAUCAAAACUUUGUGCAACAGCGCAAACAAAAUCUUCGCUUGAUUAUUGAUGCGAUCAAAAACGCCUUUCCAAACGAAAGUAACAGCAAAGCAACCGUAUUAGUUACGAGUGAGACUGUCAAGAAAGAACUUAUUUGGCCGUCUUCUACAACAGUAACAAUAAUAUCAAAUGGAUCCUCGACUCUUGCACAAAUGACUGUGCUAAUAACGAUGACCUUUUCAUAUUUUUUACUUUUAGCUUCUUUGUAUUGA